AUGUCGGCGGCUUCCGGUGAUUUGACCCCUUGUUAUAACACCGAAAAGGGACUUUAUCAGCUACCUUCAACUUAUUCAACAUCUCCAGAUCCAGCCCCAUAUCCACAUGUGCAUAGAGGCACCUUCUCUCAACAUGAAACUUUUUCAACCUCAAACCCACCUCACAUCGCCCCGCCAAUCUACACAAUUUCCCAAUCCCGCAGUAGUUCAUGUUCUUAUGACGACACCUAUCCCCAUCCGCCGUGUGUGAUAAGCGUCGGUGGCCAUCAUGAUACGAGGCCCUGGAUGGUUAAAAACAAGCGUCGCAUCCAAUUUGCCGUCCUCAUCGUCAUCCUAUUUCUCAUAGUUGUACCGCUUAUUGGCUUUUUAUUGCAUCUCAUUUUCAAAAAU